AUACUUCAUACUCUAAAGACUUUGAAAAUGAUACACCUGUUAUUUCUUAGUUUUACUCUUCUUAGCCUUAUGCUCAGUAGCUCUCAAGGAAGAAAACAGAAAUGAUGGGUCAUAUGCAGAGUUAGUGGUUCUCCAGGCUCAGAAUUGAUGGAAGAAUCUCCUGAUCGCGGAGGUGUCUAAACCGUGAGACUAAGGUUAUGGAAGCAAAGGAGGUGAAGGCAGGUGCUGAACUAUGAGACUUGGUAGAGACUGAGGGAUUAAAGAACAUGGUGAGGACCAGUAGUAAUUUGGUCAGAAUGAAGAUUGCCAUCAGAAGAGAGUUGAAGAUAUGGAAGCUGGCUCAGUUCUAUCUGGUGACACAGUCCAGGCUUAAUCAUGUUACUGUGUGCCUGUAGCUGAGUGAAGAGGAGACUCUGAGAAUUGAAGAAUGGCAAGCUGGGAGGCCAGGAUCAGGGAGGAAUCUGUGGGACUUGAAAUGGCAGAAAAUAAGCUGGGAGAGGGAGGAGCGUGAGCCAAAGGCAGAAAAGCUGGGGAAAUGAGGGAGAGAAUCUCAGAAGUAACUAGAAGAUUAAGAAAACCAAAAAAGGAGGAUAAUUAGAUUUUCUGAGAAAAGAAUAAGCCUAAAUCAAGAGUGAUUUAGAAGGUGUAAUCUCUAAAAUUUAAUGAUGGAUAAAUUUAGUAAACUUGGGAUGUAGAGGAAUUUCCAAAUUUGUUUGAAGUGAAUGAGUGGAUGAAUGAGGAUAUUAAUAUUAUUUCUCUCUUUCUUUUUUUUGGCUGCACCAUGGGGCAUGUGGGAUGUUAGUUCCUUAACCAGGGAUCAAACCUGAGCCCCUAGUCUUAACCACGAGACCACCAAGGAUGCCCUGGUACUAUUUCUUAAGAUAGGGAAUAUAGAAAACAGAAGUCCACUGUUUACAAAGGGUUUGUUGAGUAUGUUAUAUCCACGGGACAUUCACAUUGAAACUCCUAGUAUGCCGUGAAAUAUGUAGAUCUAUCCUUAGAAAUAUGGUCCUAGAUGGAGAUUCACAUUUGGAAAUCAUUGGAAUAUCCUGAGAAUGGAAGCUUUGAAUGUGGUAGGAGUUACUAGUGAGAUUAUGUAGAUUGGAAAGAGAGGAGAACCAAAGACAGACCCUAGGAAACUGUCUUUUAAGGCACAGAUGGAAGAAGAGGGUCUUUGAAAGAAACUGAGAAGGAGCAACCAAGGAGGAAAACCAGGAGAUAAGGGAAGAAGAAAGUGGUUUACCUUGUUCAGGUGGCAAGAAAAGAAAUAUUGCUUUCAGGCGCCAGCGGAUGCAGAUUGAUGAACCAGUCCCUCCCUCUGAAAUCAGUUCAUAUCCGGUUCCUCAGCCAGAUGACCCUUACAUUGCAGACCUCCUGCAUGUGGCUGAUAACAGAAUUCAAGAACUUCAACAAGAAGUCUGCCAGUUACAAGAGAAGUUAGCAAUGAUGGAAAGUGAAUUGAGAGAUUAUAACAAGCAGAUUGAACUUAGAGAACGAGAGAUAGAACGACUGUCGAUUGCACUGGAUGGGGGUCGCUCCUCUGAUAUCCUUUCUCUGGAGACUAGAAAUAAAGCCAACGAAAAGCUUAUUGCUCACUUAAAUAUUCAGGUUGACUUUCUUCAGCAAGCUAAUAAAGACCUGGAAAAGCAUAUACAAGAGCUUAUGGAAACCAAGGAAACAGUAACAUCUGAAGUUGUUAAUUUAAGUAACAAAAAUGAAAAACUCUGCCAGGAAUUAACUGAAAUAGACCAGCUAGCGCAGCAGUUGGAAAGACAUAAAGAAGAAGUGCUCAAGACUGCUGACAAAGAACUUGAGGAAGCAAAGAAAGAGAUUAAAAAAAAACUUUCUGAAAUGCGGAAUCUUGAAGAAACGAUGGGAAAACUUCAACUGGAAUUAAGCUUAUGUCAUAAAGAAAAGGAGAGACUGAGUGAUGAACUCCUUAUAAAAUCAGACCUGGAAACUGUUGUUCAUCAGCUUGAACAGGAAAAGCAAAGACUUAACAAAAAAAUUGAAAGUUUUGCAGUUACAGAAAGAGAACUCACUGUGGAAGUUGAGAGGAUGAGACUAGAACACGGAAUAAAACGACGAGACAAGUCACCUUCUCGUUUAGAUACAUUUCUGAAAGGUAUAGAAGAUGAACGAGAUUUUUAUAAGAAAGAACUAGAAAAACUCCAACAUAUAAUACAGCGAAGAUCUUGCUCUAGAAGUCAUUCUACAUGUGAAAAAAUGCCAGUAUUUAAAACGCUAGAAAAGGGUGAUUACGACUCGGAUAUCGAUCUCAUCACAAGAGAAAGAGACGAACUUCAGCGUAUGCUAGAAAGAUUUGAAAAGCACAUGGUGGAUAUACAGUCCAAUGUUAAAUUAUUGACAGCAGAAAGAGAUAAACUAAGUGUCUUAUAUAAUGAAGCUCAGGAAGAAUUAUCUGCACUAAGACAAGACUCUACCCAAACUACAGUCUCACAUAAUACUGUUAGUCUUAUAGAAAAGGAAAAAGAACUUGCAUUAUCUGACUUAAGAAGGAUUAUGGCAGAAAAGGAAGCUUUAAAAGACAAGUUAAAACAUCUCCAAGAAAUGAGUAUUUUUGGAAAAUCAGAAUUAGAGAAAACUAUUGAGCAUUUGACAUGUGUUAAUCACCAGCUUGAAAACGAAAAAUGUGAAUUAAAGUCUAAAAUAUUUAUAAUGAAAGAAACAAUGGAGUCUUUAGAGAAAAAAGCAAAAUUCCAAGCUCAAAAACUUAGCCAUGUGGCUGGUGACUCAUCUCAUCAGAAAACAGAGAUGAACUCUCUUAGGCUACUAAAUGAGCAACUACAGCGGUCAGUUGAGGAUUAUCAGCACCGACUUAACAUGAAAAGAAGUGAACUUGAAUCAGCCCAAGCACAAGUUAAAAUACUGGAGGAAAAAAUAGGUAAACUACACCUCAGGAUGACUUCACAGAAUGAAGAGGCUCAUGUAAUGAAGAAGACCAUUGGUGUUAUUGAUAAAGAAAAAGACAUCCUUCAGGAGACUGUGGAUGAGAAGACAGAAAAGAUUGCAAACUUACAUGAAAACCUAGCUAGUAAAGAAAAAACUAUUACGCAGAUGAAGAUAACAGUCUCAGAGUAUGAAUCCUCUCUGAACCACCUAAAGGAAACAUUGAUUAAUCGGGACCAUGAGAUAAGCAGCCUCCGGCGCCAGCUUGAUGCAGCUCACAAAGAACUUGAUGAAGUAGGAAGAUCUAAAGAAAUGUCUUUUAAGGAAAACAGAAGAUUACAGGAUGAUCUGGCUACAAUGGCAAGAGAAAACCAGCAAAUUUCAUUGGAAUUAGAAGCAGCAGUGCAAGAAAAAGAAGAAAUGAAGAGUAGAGUUCAUAAUUACAUAACUGAAGUGUCACGAUGGGAGAGCUUAAUGGCUGCUAAGGAAAAAGAAAAUCAAGAUUUGUUAGAUAGAUUUCAGAUGCUUCAUAACCGUGCUGAAGACUGGGAAGUCAAAGCUCAUCAAGCCGAGGGAGAAAGCAGCUCAGUUCGACUGGAACUUCUUUCUAUAGACACAGAGAGGAGACACCUUCGAGAGAGAGUGGAGCUGCUAGAAAAAGAAAUUCAGGAGCACAUGAAUGCACAUCAUGCUUAUGAAUCUCAGAUCUCAUCAAUGGCAAAAGCUAUUUCUAGAUUAGAAGAAGAGCUGAGACACCAAGAAGAUGAGAAAGCAGCAGUGCUAAAUGAUUUGUCAUCUCUUAGGGAACUUUGCAUUAAGCUUGAUUCAGGCAAAGAUAUUAUGACCCAACAAUUGAAUUCCAAAAAUCUUGAAUUUGAGAGGGUUACAAUGGAAUUAGAAAAUAUAAAAUCAGAGUCAGAGCUGUUAAAAAAACAACUGUUGAGUGAGAGACAUACAAUUAAAAACCUUGAAUCAUUGUUGGCUACAAAUAGAGAUAAAGAAUUUCAUUCCCAUUUAACUUCCCAUGAGAAGGAUACAGAAAUUCAGCUACUUAAAGAGAAGUUGACCCUUUCAGAAAGCAAACUAAAUAGUCAAAGCCGGGAAAACACCAUGCUCCGGGCCAAAAUGGCACAAUUACAAACAGAUCUUGAUGUUCUGAAAAGGCAGAUUUCAACUGAAAGAUAUGAACGAGAACGAGCAAUUCAAGAGAUGCGUCGGCAUGGUCUUCGCACGCCACCCCUUAGUUCUACUAUGAGGUCUCCUUUACAUUCUCCUGAACAUAUAAACUGAUUAUCAGAAAGAAUGUUGGCUUUCCGUGAGUUGGAAAGGACAAACAGUAAUGAAAUAUUUGAAUUACUUGUUCCUGAAAAUCAUGAACAUUGACACAGAUUCUACCUCUGUCAACUUUUAUUUAAAUCAGUGAAUAUUUUUGUAAAAAAUUUGGUUUAAAAGAGCUGUACUAUGUGUAAAUUUUUAUACGUAUGACAGAACAGAAUAUAUAUUCAUAGUGCUAACUGAUGUUAUAUCUGUAUUUUUAUUAUUCCUAACUUAAAUUACUCCUCAGAGUGUGUUUAUACUGUGAAUUAAUUUAUUGUUCACAUUAUGUUUUAAUAAUUUUUUUCUUAGCCAUAAUAUGUGUAUGUAAAUAUUCUUACAGUGCUUGUUUUUAAAGUGUAUUUGGUUUCUGUGUCUGUGUUUAUAACCCAUAUUUUUAAUGCAUUCACAAAGGAUGAUCAACUUUGAUGCUAGGCUGUCAUGUUUAACUCUUUUCUUCUAAAUGUGAAAUCAAUUAUUUGCCAAUUUGCUGUCUGCCAUUGAGGGGAUUAUAUUCAGGUCUAUUCUUAUAAUAGCAGAGGUCUUGAUAAAAUAAUGGUUAUCAUAUAUAAUUUGUUAUUACCAACUAGAACUAUGAUGGCAAAAAUACAUUCAUAUAUUACAUACAAUAUUAUACUGUUUUGGCUAUCACAUGAACUCUUCAUAUAACACAAAUGCUAUCAAAAUUAAACUAAAAGCUGUAUUUAGAAUUUUAUAUAACAAUAGAACAGAAAUUUGGGAUAUUUUUCAGUAAAUAAAAUUCCUCACUGUACUAACCUAAAACUUUGAGUGCAAAAGGAUAUGGGGUAAAUACAGUAAAACAUUUUGUUAAGAUUCCAAUAUACAUUCAAUAGUACUCAGUUUUCUGCUUCUAAAUCUGUGUGUUGUAAUUUAUCAGUCUUCCAGAAUAGUAUGUAAACACUGACCUAUUGUGGCAUAUUAAAUAGAAAGCAGCUUUUUACAAUCAAUUUCAAAGUUGUAACUUUAUAUAUAUAUAUACAGAUAUUAACAUAAGAACAUAAGUAAAAAGAUUGUCAUACAAAAAUGAAUCGUGUUUGAACCAUACACAUUUGAAGAAAAUCCUAUUCUUAAUAGAUUUCAUUAUGAUUUAAAAAGAACUUAAAAACUAACAUAAAAUGGAAGACCAAUUAUUUAUGAUACAUUUUAUUUCUUCCUCUGGUUUAAUAAAGUGAAGUUUGUAAAUGUUUGUGUGUACCUAGGGGUGAGCAGUGCUCUUUUUCUGAAAUUAAUAUUCUCUAUAUGUUUGGAUUAUGCCCUUUGCAAUAAUUCAGUAUGUAUUGGAGAGUGAUGUGGCUUUUCCACCAUCUGUGUAAUUUUAUGUAUUCUAUCUCCUGUGUGUGAAUUCAUGUAUUACACCAAACUACCAUAGAAAUGGGACUACUUACAAUGUCAUAAGAAAAAUCUUUUAAUAAAUAUAUGUAAAUAAUAUUUAAAUAUUUGUCCCGUUUCCCCCAAAACAAUAGCAAGGUAUAUUUUGUUGAAUAUUUUAUUUUUAAUAUUUUCUAUAAUUAAAAAUGUAUAGCUUGCCAUAAUUGUUAUUUUCAUAACCAUGAUAUUACAGUUUUUUAAGUAGUUUUAUCUUAAAAUACUGAAUGUAUUUUACAGAUGUUUUUAAUUUGUUUUUAAAAAUUUUAAAUUAUGGAGCUUGACAUAGAUUUUCCAAUAAACUUUCCAGU